UCACGAAUCAUUCUGACAGUGUUUGUUUUAUAAGUGAGCAAAAUAGGUGCAACCUUCUGAUAUACAUAUUUAUUUCACCAUAAAUAUGUUUAUUUCAACUUAAAUUUCGUUAAGUGCUAUUAGCGUAUUUUAUAGAAAUGGUAGUUAAGCAGAUUUUGGUGUGUUUGGCACUUAUUUCGUUAUGUGAUGGAUUAACUAUAAAUCUGGCCAAUAGUAAGUUAUGCCUCACAAGACUUCGCCUAAAAAUAGAGGCAAAUAUAACAUCAACUCGAGAGUAUGUUAGUACUCAACUUAUGAAUUUGGACGAAUUAAUAAGCCAUUUGGCUCUUAGAAUAGACGCCCAAGUAAACAUAACCAAAACUAUUGUCAACCAAAUGAGUAAUGAAGCACUGUCUGCUAACAAAUCAAUAAAGCAUUGUAUUAUAGGGCUGAAAUCUUUAAGUCAAAAUCUGGAUAUGUAUAGUUUAAAAUCAUGCAAAUACAUGCCGACUGUUAUAGAGGAUCUUCUUUUUGAGGCGAAAAAUUUGUCAAGGUCAUUAAUGGGAAAGAAAAGUGAUUGUUUGCUGAAUAACGAUAUUUUAAAUAUAGUUAAAAUUAACUUAUGUAUACAAGAUGCGUACAGUAUAGCUCUUACUGAAGCAGAAGCUAUAUUUGAAAAACUUAUAGCCUAUAAGGCACAGCUUGUGGAUGAGAAGCUAAAGUGUAUUGAACAAAACUUUAAUAUCAUUAGCUCAGAGCUUUGUUUGCUAAGUUGCCAAUUCAAACAAUGUGCAACCAAGAAUUGUAGAUCCAUACCAAAAAACAACUGGAUAUCGGAAGCAUUAAACCAAACUUCAAUACUGACAUAAAUGCUUGCAUAACCUAUAGUAAUGAGGUUUGUAGUAUAAACAUAUAACAGGUAAAUAGGGGUACCCCUUAUAAAUGAUAUCUUUUGGUAUUAUUGUCAUAUCGUCUAUUCAGAAAAUAGAAAAUUAUUUUUUAUUAAUAGAAAAUUAAAAUCCUUUGUUAGAUUUUAAAGCUUAAAAAAUCAUUUUUAGUAAAUACACAUUUUUAACAGUAAUAAAAAUUGUAUUUUUUUUAA